GAUGAAUACUAAUAAUUGCCUUCUAUAAAGAGAAGGCCAUCUUCUUCUACGUUAACUACUUCAAACGAACGAAGAAAGAACAUUAGAUCAGAUUAGAGAUCACACAAAAACCAAGGCAGUUAACUAUGUCCUCCUUGCUUGAAACUGUUCUUCUGCAGCAACAAGCUGUAAAACUCCUGCUUGGGGUACUUGUAAUAUUGUCAGCAGCAAUAUUUGUAGCAGCAGCGGCAGCUGAACCCAAUUCCAGCUGCGUCACUACAUGCGGAUCGCUUCAUGACAUCCCCUAUCCAUUUGGAACAUCCAAAGGCUGCUAUCUUGACUCAUCUUUUCUCAUUACUUGUAAGUCCUCCUCGUCCUCUGGGAAGAGUACUCAAACACCAUUUCUGGGCGUUAGUAACAUAAAGGUACUCAACAUAUCGUUGGAUGGUGAACUUCGUGUCUCAACUUCUGUAGCCCGUGUUUGCCCACAGAAAUUGGACAAUUAUACCAGCUAUAAGUAUACCGGAUAUAACUAUAUUGAUACCUUGCUAGAGUUUCCCAUGUCAGAUAAAAAAAAUGUGUUCAUCGCCGUUGGUUGCAACACUAGAGCGAUCAUAGACUCAUACGAGAAUCUGUAUUCAAUUGGAUGCAGGUCAAGAUGUGAAAACAUCUACGAUAUGGUUAAUGGGUCUUGCUCUGGUGUAGGCUGUUGCCAGGCUCCUAUCCCAACUGGAAUGACAGAUUUUUCCAUCGAUGUUAGGCUUUACAACGGCUCCACAGUGAGAAAAUUCAAUACAUGUGGUUUCGCCUUUGUGGUGGAAAAAAAAGAAUACAACUUUUCAACCUUAGAUCUUCAGAAUAUGCAGAAUAAAGAUGCUUUUCCUUUGGUGCUAGAUUGGGCAAUUGGGAGCCAGACAUGCGAAGAUGCUAAGGAGGAUACUACAGGAUAUGCAUGUAAGUCAGCGAAUAGUCAAUGUUACGAUUCCACAAACGGUCCUGGGUAUCGCUGCAGCUGCUCCUCAGGCUAUUACGGAAACCCAUACCUCUCUGAUGGUUGCAAGGAUAUUGAUGAGUGUGGAAUUCAAAUUCAUGGGUGCGCUGCUGAUGCUACAUGCGUCAACCAUGUGGGGUUUUACACCUGUUUAUGCCCCAAAGGGUACGAAGGAGAUGGGCGAAAAGAAGGAACUACUUGCAGAGCUCAAGGAAGCGAUUCUAGAAAAAUUAUUCCGAUUGCCAUAAUUGGUGCUAGUACAUUUGGGGUAUUAUUUCUACUUAUUGGUGGAUGGGGGUCAUACAAAGUGGUAAAGAAAAGGCAAAGAAUUGCACGUAGGCAGGAGUUCUUUAAACGAAAUGGCGGACUGUUGUUACAACAUCAAAUAUCUCAAAGCGAAUUGGAUGUUGCAAACACGAAAUUAUUUAAUUCAAAGGACUUGGAGAAAGCCACUGACCAUUUUAAUGAUAACAGAAUACUUGGUCAAGGUGGACAAGGAACUGUUUACAAAGGUAUGUUAGAGGAUGGAAGAAUCGUUGCUGUGAAAAAGUCAAAGAUAAUUAAUGAAGGAAAGCUUCAAGAAUUCAUUAAUGAAGUUGUCGUUCUUUCCCGAAUUAAUCAUAGGAACAUUGUUAAACUACUUGGUUGUUGCUUAGAGACAGAAGUGCCUUUAUUGGUGUAUGAGUUUGUUCCUAAUGGAACUCUCUCGAGAUAUCUAAGUGACCAAAACGAGGAGUUUCCACCAACUUGGGAUAUGCGCUUACGAAUUGCCACAGAAAUUGCAGGAGCUCUAUACUAUUUACACUCAGCAUCUUCAUUACCCAUUUACCAUCGAGAUAUUAAGUCAACUAACAUUCUCUUAGAUGAUAAAUACAGAGCAAAAGUAGCAGAUUUUGGGACUUCAAGAUCCGUUGCUAUUGAUCAAACUCACUUGACUACACUAGUGCAUGGAACUUUUGGAUACUUGGACCCGGAGUAUUUUCAAUCAAGUCAAUUUACAGAAAAAAGUGAUGUUUAUAGUUUUGGUGUUGUCCUUGCUGAGCUUUUAACAGGAGAAAAGGCUAUAUCUUUGACAAGGACACCAAAAGCUAAAAGUUUAGCCACGUAUUUUAUUUGCUCGAUGGAAGAAAACAAUUUGUUUGAUAUCCUUGAUAGACGAGUUCUGAAGGAAGCUAUAAAAGAAGAGCUUAUUACGGUCGCAAACAUUGCAAAAAGGUGCCUAAACUUGGAUGGGAAGAAGCGACCUACGAUGAAAGAAGUCUCAAUGGAGUUGGAGGCAGUAAAAAUAUCACAAAAAGCUUCAAGCCUUGAAAUGUGCAAAAGAGAUGAUAGGCCUACUAUGACGGAAGUGGCGGUGAUGCUAGAUGGACUAAGAGGUAAGGAAAAGCAAACAAGGAAAGAAGCUGAUCUCAAUACAGAAGAGAGUGAGUAUUUGCUUAGUACAUACACACCCUCUUUAAGCAUUGAUGUUGGCGUUGGCUGUUCUUCCAUAAGUACCUUGGAUAGUAUGUGAAAUCAAGAACUACAACCAACAAAUGAUGGCAGAUAAUCCAUUAGUCCGAUCCUUAAAAGCCUCAAUCAGCAAGCAUCUUCCUCCAAAUCAAUGGAUGAUGGUAGAUUUUGGUGUCUUUGCAUGCAGUGUUUAAGUUUUCUCCACAUAGAUCUUUUGGUAUGUUCAAAGUUUGCUCUCAAGGUCUGCUUUGCAUUAUUGAGAGCUUUUGUACGUACGUGUGAGCAAGUCCAGUAGUACUGGUUAAUUAGGUGUCCGCUUUGAAAGUUGUCGUAAUUUCGACACGUGUGUUCUAAGUUUUUAUUUGUGGAUUAUGCAUGGGUAGAUUUAUUGUAACUUAAAUAUUAGAAAAGUCAAUGCUUUGCUGGA